AUGACGCAAGGUUUGAACACAGAUACCUAUAUUUACGACUUGAGUGACGAAUUUAUUGAUUCGUUGAAAUUGUUGUCGUUCGAUUUGGACACCUUUGAAACAGUGCAGCAAAAUAGCGAGCCAAGUGUGCAACUUCCAAAGGUUACCAAGGAUGUCAACUACUACAAAUCUGAUUUGCAUCGCUACAACUUGAAAAGAGCACAGAACAACCUACCUCUGAUAGAUGAGGACGAAUUCGAGAGAUUAAUUGAAACACAAUCCAUCGACAGUAUUUCAGGUUCAGAGUCUGAGAGUGAAUCCGACUCUGUAAGUGACGAGACAGAUGAUGAGCAAGAGCAAAAAAUCAAAAGUUUGAUCAAACAGUUGGAAACAGUGAGUACGAGCGAGGAUUUACCAUCAGCAUCCCAUAUGAACACCAAAAGCCCUUUCAUUUUAUUCGAUACCGAGUCUGUGACGAAUGAAAAAGCUGUAGGCAUAUACAAGGCAAUAUUUCCAGAAAAUGCACUCAAAGAUCCAGUGGGAUAUCUCAAUCGUGCAAGGGGACAAAGAGACUCUACAUCAGCAAUUUUCAUGAUCGGUGGAGGGCACUUUGCGGGAGCUAUUAUUAGUCACGAAAGAAAUGAAUUGAAAUCCACCAAUAGCAAGGACAGCUUGAAAAUUCAACAGGUAAAUGUUUUAGCCUCAAAAACAUUUCACAGAUAUACAACGAGGCGUAAACAAGGUGGUUCACAAGGUGCCAGCGACAAUUCUAGAGGAAAAGCAAUCUCCGCAGGAUCAAGCAUUAGGCGGUACAAUGAGAAGGCAUUAGCUCUGGAGGUGAGGGAACUUCUUGCUCAAUGGAGUACGUAUUUAAGGGAAUGUUCAGCAAUCUACAUUCGUGCGAAUGGUCCAACGAACAAGAAAGUCAUGGUGGGAUACGAAGGGUCGCCUUUCGAUGCGAAUGACAAGAGGAUCAGGAAACUCCCCUUCUCCACCCAAAGGGCUAGCUUAUCGGAGCUAAAGAGAAGCUGGGUUGAGUUGACGCAUUAUAAAAUAGUGGAGUUACCCAGAGUAGAAACUGCCAAAGAGCAAUAUGCAACUAAAGGCGUUCAGGAGACUGCAUCUGAUUUACACCAGAAAAAGGGGAAAGAGAACAACGAAGAACAACGCGACAAGCAAAAGGAGGAGAUUAUAAAUAUUUUACGUAAACAGAAGGCACCUAAAUUGUUAAGAUGGAUCAAGGACAACCACAUCGACCUUGAUUCUUAUCUUGUUGACUCAAGUACAUAUGCACAAGCUCCCACCUUGCUUCAUUAUGCUUCUGCAAACGGUCUUUCCCACAUGGUUCAAGUUUUGUUGAUCAACUUGAAAGCCUCACCAUUGAUCAAGAACAAAGCUGGUCGGUACCCUGCUGAGCUCGCUGAUCAAAACGCUAAAAGAGCGUUUCAAAUUGCAAGACAUAAACUAGGAGAAUCACAUUGCGAUUGGGACAAGGCAAAGGUUCCAACUGCGAAAUCUAAAGAAGAGUUUGAAGAAGAGGACAGGGUGAAGGAUGAGGCAGAAAAAUUGGCCAAGCAGAAUCUUCUCAAAGCUGCGGCUCCGAAAGAUAAUACGGGCUCUCCGGGUCUAAAAUUGAGACAACAUGACCUCACAGGUUUGAACAAUGAGCAACGCUUAAAGAUUAUGAGGGAACAACGAGCCAGAGCUGCCGAGGCAAGGCUUAAAAAAGAAUAG